AUGAAGUCGACACUCUUCACCAUUGCGCUGGUCACGCUUCUCUGUGCUGUUCAAGCAACUUUCGCGAAGGUGGCCGAACAACCCCUAACCGAACUGCCUCUGGAUACAAUUCAACUGGUAGGACGGAGUAUUUGUCAUCUGCCCGUUAAGUUUUGCUCCUUUAUAAAAAACUCUUGACUGACUACCUGGCACUAAAUACUCGUCUUGUGCCUAUUUUUAAAAAGGAAUCAGGAUUUAUCGGAAUGCAUUCAAAGUAAGCGACGCCCUACAUUAGGUGGGCUAACUUAUGAAAUGUCAACCGAAAUUUCCAAAUGCAUUCGCGUCUCGAAAAGAUUGAUUAAGUAUGGUUGUAAAAUUCAUCAUCAUACAGCAUAAUUCUAUGGUGAUCCAGUUACCGCAGGGAGCCUACUUUCAAAUGGACUUAUUUUCGACUGCAUGUAAGAAGUAUACUCUGCAAAAAAUGGCCUCUUAAGUAGCAUGCAAUUUUCUCAUUGAUUUUCGAUGCCUAAAAAGUGCAAUUAUAGUUCCUGAAAAAAUGUAUAAAAAUAUUCCUUUUUUGCUUAUUCGGUAGGAAAUAACGUCGUCUUUCAAUUUUAUACUCGAAGGAGGAGUAUUAUUCGGUUUUAAAAAGUUUCUAAUUGUGAGAUUGUUUAAUACCGUAAAGUGGCCAUUCAAAAAGCUUCAUGUAUCUGCAUUUAGCAAUGUGGUCUGUAAAUUUAGCAAUAUUUCUCAAAUCCACCGUUUAAUUUUAUGAACCCAGUAUGAUCUCCUCUUAAUACUGUAGAAAAAUGUGUGGUUUUCUGUACACGAAAAAAAUAUGGCUUGUAGUUUUGGAACCCUAGAUGCAAGUAUAACAACAGGUCGGGUUCAAAAUUAUUCGGGAACUGGAAAUAAGUCUUAAAACCGAAUUAUACUCUUCUUUCGAGUAUAAAAUUAAGAAAAAGACGUGAUUUUCUAACGAAUAGAUAAAAUAAUGGAUAUUUUUGUCCAGUUCUUUCAUGAAAUAUAAUUGAACUCUUAAGGGCUUCGAAUAUUAAUGAGAAAAUUGCGUUCUACUUAAGUAGUCAUUUUUGCUGAAGGCAGUUUUUACAUGAACUCGGAAAUAAGUUCAUUCGAAAGCCGGCACCCUGCGAUAAUUGGGUCAUUACAGAAUUAUACUGAACAAUAAUUAGUUUAUAACCCUACCUAAUUAAUCUUUUCGAAACGGAAACGCAUUUGGAAAUUUCGGUUGACAUUUCAUGAGUUAGCCCACCUACUGUAAGUGAGGUCGCUGCACUGAAAAGCGCGAAGUAUCAGAUUAAGUCAUGAAUUUUAGCUUACUGAUAGUGACAGGUAACUUUAAUAGUCACCUGUGUAUGCCAAACUCCAGAUACUCCACUGUCUAAUUCAUGUAUAUACAUAAUAACAUGAAGGUCACCACUAUCGAGAUACUUAACUCUCCUCCUGUGCGCCUGUGGCUGGCGUCAAGCCAGACUAAAAAUCGGAUGCUUCAGCUGUAAAAGGCACCAAUAAAUCCUAUGUGUCUUACAGACCGCAGUGUAAGGGUUUUAAACUGAAAGAAACAAUUUAGUUCCACUAGUUAAGUGACAUUGACACCUUAGCGGAAACGUUUUGAUUGCUUAUUUGCAUGCGUUUGCUCCAAGGAUAUUCAAUGUUUGUACAAAGGAAAGCAUAGCUCUUUAAGAAGAGGGAAUUCAAGUCGUUUCUCUUGAUCCUGCCGAGGAUUAUUGCAACUUUGUAAAUUAUUUUGCUUAGACAGAUGGACUAGUUCAUAUUUUGGAAUAGAUAAAUACUUGCCCUCUACUUAUUAAUAGUGAAAAACUUUUUUGCUCAUUGUGAAUGUUUAAAAGAGCGCUCUAUGUGCAAUCUUGGAAGCAAAUUCGUAAAUCAUUUCAUAUUUCUAUGAAGUAUAUUGCUAUCACUUACCUCUUUAAAUACUAACCAUGGUCCAUGUUGAACACUUUAAAUGUAACAUGAUAUAGCUAACUGGAAAAAAACUACGUGAACAAUCCUGCGAUCAUAGGAAAAAUUCAUCUAACUACAAACUUCUCACAACAGAACACUUCAUUAUUUUGAGAAUUUGCUUCAGGUAAAACGUGUUUUUGGACGGAAUUCCUAUAAGUUGCAAUCAAUAAAAAGCACUCGUUACUGAAGUUGGUGUUUUUUCUAUAUCAAAAUGCGGUUUGCAGUGACGGCUGCAAAGUCAGUUAGCUAAAAAUAUGCAAGUUGCCGUGCUUGAGUCAAUUUAUACUAAUUUUUAUUCAAUUCGUAUCGUAAAUUCCCUUGAAUAAUGCUGGGUACUUAAGAGAAUGGGGAGUUCCUGUUCUACAGAUGGCCUUUCUUUAAGUUCCAGGGGGUUAAGCGCCAGAGUUAAUGUCCGGGCUAGGGGGGUUAGGGUUAGAUUUAUGGGAAUAAAUUUGAGCUUUUGAACCAGAUAUCCCACCUCGUAAUUCAGCGAGACCACCUGCGGUACGAAGGGGAGGGGGUAAUUUUUCUGCGUCCGACCUGAACAAUGUACUUUAAAGUAUCCUUGCAGUUAUGGCAUCUAGUUUAGCCAUGAAAUCUGCCUUUGGUCGACUAAAACUUCCGUCCGGAACCUGUCAUGUCCCCUCUACAGAUCCCUGAUCGUAGUCGAAAGGAAAGUCGGGAGGCUUUGCGUGCUCUGGGUGCUGAAAGUGAGACCGAUCUGCAAAGACAUACCUUCGCCUACAACGCCGACCUCUACUCAAAUUGGACGGAGUGAGGCAACUGUUCACGCUACUCCUGCAAGCAGCUUCGUUUCCGUCAGUGUGUCGACGACUCCUUCACCAAACGCGUCGCUAACCCUCGAAGACGGAACUUCUGUCCAUUCAAAUACAUCAGGGAGGAAAGAAGGUGCCCAGAUGCAUCAGAGUGCCUUGAAAACGGUGUGUGGAAUAUUAUCAUUUUUAAACUUUUUAACCACCUGCUUGCGUGAUUUCUGCCGGUAUGUAAAAAACUGCUGGUUGUCAGUUAUUUUACGGCAUCGUUACUAAUCAGGGUGGACGAAACGGACACUUUUUUCCGAUCUGUCUGUAGCGCCAUCUUGUUUAGUCGGUUUAAGUCAGUUUAUUAAGGGAAUGAGGCCUUCGCCCUUGAGCUCCCUACUCAUAUCAAUAAACAGAAGUAGAAUCAAUUGUUACAUCAGUAAAUCUGAAAGUUCAGAAGUUAACGGUAAGUGUGAGUCAGGUGCGAACUGCCGCCACUAACACAACCGUGAUUAUAUGUACAGUAGUGUCUCAGUAAAUGAGCGUCUGAUCUGCACUUAAAGGAUUCAACAGUUUUGGAAAGGACCACCGCAUCAGGGUGCCCAUUCCAUGCUGCAAUGGCCCCCAUCGUGAGGGCGUUCCAUCGGACGUCCGUAUGAGCCAGCUUUCUCCGUAGUUUAAAGGGUUGGCCAUGCAGACGACCAGUCCCCGCCAAUGUGAGGGAUCCGUCAAAAUCUAGGGCACAUUCACGGCCUCUGACAGUCUUGGAGGUUUGAAUGAGUUUGCCGCGAAAUUGCCUGUAAUUGAGAGGAAACAGAUCUAGUUCGGCCAGCCUGGUUUUCUAAGGCAGAUUCUUGACCAUCUUCGUAGCUAUCGUCUGUACUCUCUCCAUGUUGCAAAUUUGCGUGCCUCUUUUUUUAAAUAUUCUGAUUUUCCAGCUUCUGCUUUAAGGGAGUGUUGUUGAUUAAGUCAUCAAUGUUUCAUCCUGCUAAAUUGUUAUAAGUAGCAUAAUAUUCUCAAGUUGCUGAGUUGCAGAUUCCAAAAGGUGUAAAUUCAGAAUUUAAAGUUAUUUUCACUUCCUUUUCACCCAACCCGAAUGUUAGGCUGUCCAAUGGCCCGAUGUUCUGCAUAUCGAUCCAAUGAGGAUUUCUGUUAUAAGCAUGCUUAAAGGAAUUUUAAAAUUUUGUAAGCGGAAUGACAAAUAAGUAAAUAGUCGUAUAAUCCCAGACUCCACAGAAGACUAGCAAUGCAGUUACAGCAUUCACUUUAAUUAUCUGCCAACGGUUCUCCCGCGAACGAUCUGCAAUGAAGACCGUGGAUGGCCACACACUGUUGAUUCAGACAUCAUCGGAGACAUGCGUUUUCAUGAAGAAUGCACGUAAAUGGUGAGGAAAGGUCUUCACCUUACACGGGGGGACACUUUGUUGCUUCUUGGUGAUCACUGCUGCCUAACAUAACUCCCAUCGAAAACCGAAUUCGGUGGACGCUGGCAUUACGAAUAAGUGAAUAAGUGAAUAGACUGGCCUAAGAGAAAAGCACCACCAUAAUAAAAGGACUUCCAAACAAGUGUAAACAGUUGAUCUCGCAAGAGCAUACCUUAGUAGUAACGCGUUUUUUAGUGGUUUAGUAACUCACAACCAACCACCGAGAGUCAGUUUUUAGGAAUAUGUAGUUUCUAGUGCGGGAGAAAGGGCACCACCAUGGUCGCGGUUUUUUGCCUUGUUUAAGAUUCGGAAUUAAUUUAUUUUUUCUGUAAUGUGCGUCAGUUUGUGAUGACCAGUCGAUGCCUGUUUGUAAUGCAGGGUCCGUCAAGCGUGCACCCGUUGCAGCUAUGUCAAUCCGCUAUUAUGUUUAUUCGAAUUUAAUAUUAGCUGGUCCUGCCCGAACGUUUUCCAACACCAGUGACCGACCUCAUUAAAUGCUAGUCGAAGCUCUGAAAUGUGUUUUCGAUCAGGGAGGGUUACUUAUGUGGGACUGCUCGUCUUUUCGGCAGCUUGCAAAAACCAGACUCGGCAAAAAUGAUAGCUUAAUUGAUUUAUACAAAAUGGAUACAGCUUCCUCGCAUAUUGUGCUGGAAGAAAAUAUAUCUUUUGAUUUUUUAAAAAAGGUUUUUUGGUUCUCGAAUGAUUUUGAGCUCAAUCUGCACUGCACCUGCGCUAAGGGUCCCGAGUCUAUAAACUGUAUGCUUUUUAUGUUAAAAAAUCCUUUUAAAUCACUAAGAAGAUAUAAUACAGGGCUCAUAAAAUGUUGCAAUGGAUGAUGCUCAUGUUCUAUAAUUUAGGAGGAACAUUAUUAAACAGAGAAUUACAAUAAUAUUUGAAUGGAAAUUGCACGGUCUUAUAAAUUUCAUAAGAAAAAUUUUUUAAAAACAAAAGACAAUUUCUCCAAGCAAGAAAAGUUGAAAAAAACUUUGGUUCCCACUUAGCGGUUACAAAAAGGGACAUUUUAGUGAAUUUCUUCGAAAAAUGUAUUUGCAUUUUUAAGGGCAUCGGAAAUCAACAAAAGUGCAUAUCAGUUAAGUGACCGUUUUUGCCGAGUGCAGUUAUUACAGGAGGUCAAAAAGAUGUACAUUUGAUGGCCAACGUCCAGGCGUAUUCUGAUUAACGUGGGAUUUUGCCGUGAGAAAAUCAAUACUACAGUCCCACAUAAGUAAUCCUUCGAUUUCAGAAUUUCGGGUAAUAUUUUAUGAGCUCAGCCACUAACGACACAUGCUGUUAUCUGAUGUGAUUCUACUUCCAGGUUGGUCGAGUCAUGUCUCAUGUACAGCAGUAGCUUGUAAUUUGGUGUCUCGUCUUCAUAACAAUAACAGUAUCCUCGCGCUUUGCCUUUCCCUCUCUUCUACAGCCGGACCGUCGGAGACGCUUCGACGUCUUUCUCUAACUUGUGGUAUUCGCCCCGCGACGGAAGCAGCACAAUCCGGCGGUCCUGCUGCCAAAAGAAACAUGUGGCCAUGGCAUGUGAGUGAGACGUCCUUUUCCACUCCUUUUUGACCGGAAACUUUCGAGUGACCACACAUGCACUGAUGGCUAUCUCCACAUCAUGCCAUAUCUGACUCCUAUGCAUAUAUUUUUUGGUUCCAAGUUCGGUCCCGCCAUGACGGAAUAGAUAAAGGAAGACCCAGGCCUGUCAGGUGAAUCAUUCAUUAUUUUUAAUCAGGGAAUUCCUCUUUGAAAUCAUAAUGAAUCGCUCAGGAUAUCACAAGACAAUUUAACCACUGUAACCUAAAAUGACUAACAGAAGGUGAAGUAGUGUUUCCUAUAAAAGCAUUUUUUCUGGAUACUGUACAUUUCAUCUCUUUGCCAUCUCUUUUCAUUUUGUUGUCAUACGAUGAUUAGACUGUAGGGAAAAUGGAAAUUUACAAGUGGCUAGGAUGCGGUUUAAUGUCCUUAUCCAUUGCUAGAUAACUAAUUGCAGUCACCAUAUCAUUAAGAAUCUUUAGCGUUGUAGAAUCACAGUAGAAGGGGCACAAUCAACUGCUAGUUUAGUCGGGAAGGAUAAAUCACAGAUACCUGCAAAUUACUUUGUUGACCUCUGAGGAAAGUACCCUGUAAUGUAGCGUUAUUUGGCCGCCACAGGUGAGGUUAUACAAAGCAAAGCUCCCUAAAGACGAGGUGGAAAAAGAUGAUGCAGAGAAUAACGACGGUGACGACGAUGACAUUGCUGAUGACGACGAGGAGUCAUCAAGUCAGCCCGUCGAAUCUGAGCAACAGCUGGUGUGCGGAGGUAGCCUACUCUCGCCAUCUUGGAUCGUGACAAGCGCUCACUGUCUCCGCCCAAUUCUUCAAUCAAAGGCUGUGCCCCUUGGAGUACCCUUUAAUAUGUCUGGUAUGGUUGCUCGCGUUGGUGAACAGCCUCGCGCACAGAAGGGGUCUCCCGGAAGCGAGUACAGAGUUGAAUCAGCAGUCAUUCAUCCCGACUGGUACCCUCGAUUCCACGGCCAGAGUGGUUUUGAUAUCGCCCUGUUGAAGCUUGCAGUUCCGGUGUCUCCAGGUGAACAAGUUGGCCAAGAUACUUUUAAUUCUAAAAUACUGCGCUGACCACUGUCAAAAAGGUCAACCCCUUAGGAGUGAGGUAAUCGCAAAAUCACAAAAACAAAAUUAAUGCAGAGUUCAAAAUGAUCACAAUUAAAAUCCUGUUAGAACCUGUAUUCUCAUCCGCCUUUACUAUUCCGUGUAACUUUCGUUUUAAAAUUGACCUCAAGUCAUUGUGUAAAAAUAUGGCCGUCCCGUUUUGCCUUGGAAUCUUAGCAGACAAGCACACGUUGACGAGAAAACAAUACUGGAGGCGUUUUAACUACAAAACAGGCCUGGGCAAUAGGAUAAUUUAUGGUCUAUUAGUUAUUUUAAGUCGGUGAUGGAUCCCACGUUCCGCGUUCAAAUUUCAGGCGGUUUUGUUUGAUGACGGUCAGUAAACCAGAAGAGACUACCUCAAUUUCCAUUGCCUUAGUCAGUGUUGCUUCUGGUAUGAUUUUGAGUCGUGAUGUCCCUGCCUAUGAGGACUCUAAAUUAAAAUCCAAGGCGCAAAGUUCCAGGCAUGUGCCGUAACGUACUGUUACCGAUAUAUAUAUAUAUAUAUUUAUAUGAAUAACUGAUGUGGUGUGCAUUCCGAGGUGAUAUAAUGAGAAAGUGAAGGCUCUUCGGAAUAUUGAGUUGUACUCGUAAAUUUUCAAGUCGGUGACACCGACCCGUCGUCAGACGAAAUGAACAGAGGGAAAGUGAAGUCGGCAGACUAGGUCGGCUGGUGCGACAGGACAGACAACGACAAACAGACAGCUGAUGGGUGAGAGGGGUGGGCACCUAGUUGUGGCACGCCGUGGGGCAGGGGAAGGGAAGGAAGAACCGUUAGGGCUCUCAGUGUUGGAGGCGGUGAAAACGUGGGGGGGGGAGGGGGGGUGGGGAUUGCGAGUCAGUGGGAAUGCGGGUGGCUGGUCGCACCAGCCGACCUAGUCUGCCGACUUCACUUUCCCUCUGUUCAUUUCGUCUGACGACGGGUCGGUGUCACCGACUUGAAAAUUUACGAGUACAACUCAAUAUUCCGAAGAGCCUUCACUUUCUCAUAUAUUUAUAUAUUUAUGUAUAUAUGAAAAAUGAGGUUCUUCGGACUCAUUAUAUCGUCUCGGAAUGCAAAACCACUUCUACUCUAUAUAUAGAUAUACAUAUAUUUCAAGUGAAUAAUUUCAAAAAAUUAUUCAGUGCAAGACUUGAAGUUAAAUCUCCGGGACAUGACUUUGUAGUGUCACAGGCGAAAUUUCAAUGAACGUUCGAGUAGAAGACAAUCAACUACUGUAGAAUUGCAACAUAAUGCCCAUUCAAAAAACCAGUACUACUACGAGUAGUAUGAAAUCCGUAUGGUAAAGGUAUUAUAGCAUACUCCGACAUAGAUUCUUGCUAAAAGCCCAGACCUGUAUUUCGCGUGUUUCACGAGUAAUUUCUGAUGUCAUUUGCUUGAUUAUUCUCCGGAGUUCAUAUAUCAGAAACCGCUUACCGAACGCUAAAAGUCCCAUUGAAGAGCCGAACCCAUCGCAGCUGUGUCACGCAGCAGCAGUAUAUCGGCAAAACACGUGUCUGGGCUUUUAGUAAGUAUCUGUGUCGGGAGUGCGGCAAAAUACCAUUUGCAUAUAUAUAUAUAUAUAUAUAUAUAUAUAUAUAUAUAUAUAAGAAGAAGAGACGAUCUUGGGAACCAUAGUUGUAUUGCCCUGACGUUUCAAAAGCAAACAAGCUUUCGUCGUCCGAGGUGAGCGCUGUACCACGCCUAACAGUAUUGAUAAGUGGUGAUGGUCUCCUUGCAACGGGUUUAAUUCCUGUCCGAGGGCCGGCGUUCAGGCGCUAGCCGUCAUCACACGUAUUUGCAUGAACCGUAAUUCUCGUCCUAGGCUGGCAAUCUUCUUUACGACCCUGAGACUGCUUGUGUUCUCAUCUGCCGUAUAAGUAGGCGCCGCGACUAUGGUGACGAUCACAUCCUCGCCAGAUCCAAGCUGAAGUGCAGCUGCGUUUGUGUCCCUCAUAGACCGGGCCGUAGUAGGGUUUCUGUCUCCUCGUAGCCCGUAUUUGCUCGCCUGUUCUCUGAGCUGCGUCCGGAGGGCCUGGCAGGCUUCCAGAAGUGCUACACAGCGGUUGAUGGAGUUCGUGACGGUGUGCCAGGUCUCGGUUGUUUCUCUGGCCACACGGUCAUUUCCUCGGCCAAAGAUUUCGACAUUCUGAAGGCAAAUAUGUGUCCAGGGUUUGGCAGUUUUCUGCAACCAGGGACAACGGGUCUAUCCUCUUAACCGCCCUCAUGUGUUCUCCAACACAGGUCUGCAGUCGUUUACCGGUCUCUUCGAUGUAGUUCAUUUGGCAGGAGCUGCAAUGGAUCCAAAAAAUCACGUUUGUUAUUUCACCGGGUGGCAGAGGUGUCUUAUGUCUCAUGACGAGAUGUCGAAUUGUUGAAUCUGGCCGAUGGGCAAUGCCAAUCCCCAGUAGCAUUAGGAGACGGGAGACUGCCUCAGAGACGCAAUCAAUGCAAGAAAGCGCUACCCAGAUUUUUGGCCGGUCUGUCGCUGGACUUUUACUCGGCACAGGCUGCCUGUUGCGUCCUUUGAGGUUGCGAGUAUGCCUGUUUGCCACGAGGAGGCGCUGGAGGUAGCGUAGUUCCGCCAUUUUGUCGUCUGGCUCGCUGCAGUGUGUUUCUGCCCUUGUCAGUUUUGUUUCCGAUAAACCAGUACGUCCGUUAACGGUAGCCGGUUUUUGCUUACCGUCUGAAUCGUGAACUGGAUAUCAGGCGCAACAGAAUGCAUGACAUUGGGAAAUUCUUUAACCAUUUCCCGCUUGAUGAUGACAAAGGUGUCAUCGACAUAUCGAGUCCGAAAGUUUUCCUAUAGGUCUCGAAGACUGCGGUCUCUACGUUUUAGAGAACUGCUUCUGCGACUAAACCUGAAAGCGGUGAUCCCAGCGGCGUCCCCUUGAUCUGUUCGUACACCCUCCCUUCGAAGGUAAAAAACGUCCUCAGGCAGAAUUUUAGAAGUUGAAUGAGAUGCCCCUGUUUCCCACUUUCGCCUGUCACGUCGUACUUGCUUAAGAGUAGUUUGCUAACCGUUUCGACUGUUAGGCGUUGCGGGAUCGACGUGAAGGGAGAGGUGACGUCGGAUGACACCAUGAUCUCUUCUUCGCUGAGUCGCAAGCCUUUGAACAGCUCUAGUAACUGAGUUGCUGAACAGACGGCCCUGCUUGCGUCCGAGGUGAGGGACCUUAGGUUGCGGAAUAGCAAUUUUGCCAGAUUUUAGGAUGGUGCACCGUGCGAUGACACGAUUGGUCCACUCAUCCGGCUGGUGAGACAACGGACGGUCGCGGUAACACGAACGGACCCGAUGAAGGUGCCAGCGUCACUGCCAUUUAUCCGGCAGGUGAGAACACAGGCGGUCGCGGAGUCGCAAAGAAAGUUGCCAGCCUAGGAUGAGAAUUAAUGUCCACGCAAACACGUGCGAUGACGACUAGCGUCCGAACGCCGCCCCGCCCCGACGAGAGGUAGACCCCUUGCAAGGAGAUCACCACCACCACCACCACCACCACCACCACCUAUAAAUACUGUGAGGCGCGGUGCUAUACUCACCUCCGACGAUGAAAGCUUGUUUGUUUUUGAAACGUCGAAGCAAUACAACCAUGGUUUACCAGAUCGUCUCUUCCCCUCAUUUAUGUCCGGGGACGCGCAUCUUCGCUUCUAUCAGCAAUACAUAUAUAUAUGAGUGAUAGGGUGCGCUCACCGAUCGUUCAUACGGAACUCACUCGUUCCGUUGUGCCUUAAGGGGCUCUCCCUCGAGCCCAACCAGCAGCCGCACAGCGGCGCAUGAUAUAUAGGCAGAAUGAUGUAACCGACAAAGACAAGGGAGACUGGAAUGGCCAUUUCUGGCUUGUUAGCCGUCGUCAGCCAGUUAUAACCAACCCCGAAGUGUGGGACACCCGAGGCUCGAACUCGUGACCUGUUGGUUUAGAAGUCCACGCCUCUACCCACUGGGCCACGAGCCCGUUGUCCUGUCGGUUUCCGGUCGGGAAUAUACAAUGGUAGGGAGGCUCACCGAUCGUUCAUACGGAACUCACUCGUUCCGUUGUGCCUUUCGGGGUCUCUCUCGAGCCCAAACCAACUUCGAGUUCUAAACCAACAGGUCGCGAGUUCGAGCCUCGGGUGUUCCACACUUCGGGGUUGGGUAUGACUGGCUGACGACGGCUAACAAGCCAGAAAUGGCCAUUCCAGUCUCCCUUGUCUUUGUCGGUUACAUCAUUCUGCCUAUAUAUCAUGCGCCACUGUGCGGAUGCUGGUUGGGCUCGAGAGAGAGUCCAUAAGGCACAACGGAACGAGUGAGUUCCGUAUGAACGAUCGGGGGACGACAUUUGAACGUUGGUGGCUAUCGCCCGCAUUCGCGUUGACCUUAGUUGUCGUACUGGGUUGCUAUUUUUGAUUGCAUCCUUCUGACCGCGUUUCUCUUCGUCUGCCGGUGUGGUGGUUGAGGCAACAGUAUUGAUGACUGCGCCUUCGUCGGGUUCGAUUCGCGGUGUAUCUACCUGUAGGUCCGUCGUAGGUUCUCCCGUGUUUGGAUUCGCGUCCGGCCUGACUUCGCGCUUGCUAUUUAUUUCGUUGAACUGCGGCUGGAGGGCUUGAUAGGCUGUCUCAAGGGCGACACAACGGUUUAUUGAGAUUGUCUCCGUGUGCCAGGCCUCGAUUGCUUCCCUGGCUACGCGUUCAUUGUCUCGACCCAGAAUUUUGGCGUUUUGGAUGGCGAAAGUGUGUCCACAGUCCGCGCAAUGUUCCGCCACCAGAGACAAUGGGUCCUUUGUAUUCACUGCCCGCAUGUGUUAUUUAAGCCGGGUUUGUAACCGUUUGUCUGUCUCUCCGACGUAGUUAGUUCCACAAGAGUUACUCUGGACCCGGUAGAUGACACCUUCGUUUUACCUCGUGACAGGGGUCCGUCGGUCUCAUAACUAAAUGUCGAAUGGUUGAGCCCGGUCGAUGAGCCAUCCCGAUCCCCAAAGGUCUUAGGAGGCGGGAAACUGCCUCAGAUACGCUGUCGAUGUAUGGCAAUGCACGCCAGACUUUUGGCUGUUCUGGCACCCGAUUUCGGCCUGGUUUAGACUGCCUGCUGCGCUCGUUGAAGUUACGGAGGUAUCUGUUGGCCAUGAAAGGGCGCUGAGGAUAGCGAAGUUCUGUCCUUCGGGUUCUGUCAUCGGGUUCGCUGCAGUGUGUUUCUGAUCUACUGUAGAGAGUUCACAUGCAGCUGCGUUUGUGACCUAACGGGCGUUUACUGUGAUAACUAAGGAUUUGGCGUGUGUUGGUAGCCUUCCUGUACACCGUCGUUUUUAUGUGCCCGUUGGGUUUUCGAUGAACAAGAACGUCCAGGAACGACAGCUGGUUGUUAUUUUCCGCCUCCAUCGUGAAUUGCAUGUCCGGAAAAACGGAAUUUAGGACACUGUAAAAUUCCUCCAUCAUUUCUCGUUUGAUGAUGACGAAGCUGUCGUCGACGUACCGAGUCCAAAACUUUGGCCUGUGAGUUAUGAAAACCAGGCUCUAUAGCUUUUGCAGAACUGCCUCAGCGAUUAAGCCGGAGAGAGGCGAUCCCAUUGGUGUCCCCAUAACCUGUUCGUACAUGGUCCCCUCGAAGGUGAAGUACGACUUCAGGCAGAAUUUUGGGAGUUGGACUACAUGUCUCCGUUUCACUGACUCGUCCGCCUCGUUAUACUGCCUCUCGAGCAAUUUGCUGACCGUUUUGAUGGCCUGGUCCUUGGGGAUCGCCUCUUUUUCACACUUAUGUCCGGGGACUCGAAUCGUCGAUUCUAUUAAUAUAUUUAUAUAUAUUGAUUGAAUAAAUGCUUGAUCUGCAGUGACAGAGAAUGACAGGUGGCGAGGCACUGAUGAACUUCAGUUCGAUGAAAUACUCAUGACCCAUCUGAUAGACCCCAGUGGUGGACCAACUGCGCCAGAUGCGUCUGUACGCAUGUUUCUGUUUCUGGUCCCAGCUGCUGGUGGUUAGGGUUAUGAUUGGCUGAAUGAAGGCACAAUAAGCCUGAAACAGUACUGUAUCAAUCUACCCGCAUUCUCCGUCGUCCCUCCUCGCUGAUAUCUAUAUAUAUAUAUAUAAUCAUCUUCAAAUUCAUCAUAACUUCGUAAAAUCUUAUGGACAUGUCCUAAAAUGAAAUACAUGCGUAGAAAAACACCUUAGCAUAUUCAAUGGGAAGUCGCAUUUUCAAAGCUUGAGCAUUAAACAAGUGUCUAUACGGAUUUUAAAAGAACUUUCCAAUAAUUGCGCACUUUAAAAACAUUUAAAGAUAUUCGUCCGCUGAUCGUAUUUGUCUCUAAUUGACGAUUGCUGUAGUAGUAAAACCUCACUUACGUACUCCUCUUUAUAAGAGGACUAACUUUUCAGCGCACAGUGUAUCCUGCGUGCACACAUUGAAUACCACCUACAGUUGUAAAUGCCACCGUGCAACCGACGAAUUUUUGUUUAUUGUGGUAAAGUAAAUAACCUUCGUACACGAUGAGAUGUUUAUGCGAAUCGUGUUGUCUGCCGGAUGUAUUCCAGACAAUCGCAGGGGUUUCCCUGAACCUAAAAAUAGACACCAAAUUCAAGUGCCUGAUGUAAGUGGCAGCGCCGAUUCGUUCUGUUUACGCUCCACGUCUAGAGUCCGAACAAACAAUCGAUAGCAACGUGGGAACAGUAACCGAGGGGCGCUACCGACAAAGACGAGAGCAACUGAGAUGGUUAUUCAUCGACCUUUGCGAAAAGACGUAAGCCAAUCGUUCGAUUGAGAGGGUAGUUCGCGCAAGAACGCCUGGCGCCCAUUCCCCCUAUCCUCAGCUUUAACAUUAAGACUUACCUUGGCCCUAUCUCUAUCCCCAACCUCAAUCCUGACCCUAAACUGCAGAAGCCAGUUCAAGGUCAUCUAUGAUACGGGGUGCCUAUUUUCGACCCCUAGCAAUAGGUCAUCAGUGUGCCAAUGCUUGCCUGUUAUUGCCAUCCCACGCUAAUAUGAUCAAGUCUAAAGAACGCAAAACUCCCUUCAUUCUUUGACAUUAAAUUUAGUUCGCCUCUCAGUGCCUUCUUCGCUGUGUCGGUUAUCUAAUCAGAAGUCAGCUUUUAGACUUUUUUGAAAUUUAGAUUUCGUUUAUAAUUACAUCCCUAUAGCAAGUUUUGUUGGUAACAAUCGGGAGAUGACACCCAAAAAAUCCGUUACCUAGAAAUAAUACCUUUAAGAGUGAACUCAAACGCCUUCAGGCUAUAUCAGCGGUUGCAGGCCUACUUGCACGCACUACUUGGACUUUUCCCGACGGCCUAACAUGGACUGGCCGAACGAACAUCGCAGGAGGUUACAUAGACGAUGCUCGCUGUUACCCAACCUUCCCCAUCGUUACACACUUACACCUGAAUAUACGGCAUACAUUCGCAUUAUGAUAAUUUAUAACAAAACGAAAUCACUUUUAAAUAGGAUAAGUCUCCACAACAGUUCCCAGGCAUCUGUCAAAGACAUGGUAUUUAGGCCAAACCAAAGACGAUACUGUACUUCGUCUAUGUGAGCCCACACAGCUCGACCACGUACAGGGCCUCCCUCAUAGAGUUCCUUUUCAGUCUACUCCAGUAUGCCUCAAUGGAAUUGGUGGGUCGUCCGGUGGUAGAGUCCGUGAAGCUCUUUGAGUGGUUAACAGAGAAAGGUGAAAACCUUCUGAGGGAAGACGAUUAUACGCCUUCCACUCGUCCGUUACAACUUUACUGCCUUUGGCGACCCAUUUUGUAAUAACGGAACGGAGAGCGGACCAACUUCAAUCAUUCACCUGUUCAAAUAGGGCUUUCCGUCGGCUAAUAUCAUACAUCCCGACCAGCCACCAUCCAUAAGGCCCCUAUUACCACCUGUCCCGUAAGAAAGGCUGCUUUGGUUAGGCGGAUUUUUUGGGUGACAUCUCCCGAUUGUUACCGUUUUAUUUUUCUAAGAUGUGAUCAGCAAAAUGCUACAAAAGCAGUUUAGUUAACUUAAUAGAUCCUACAUGCAUGAAUCACCCACGUCCAUAGGUCGGGGCGUAAUUGACAGAAAAACCCCUAUUCUGUCCUCUAAAGUGUAUAAAUCUGCAGCCGAUAGUCUGUGUUUUGACCCAAAAUACAACGAAUCUGUUUGCGUCAAUGACGGUUUGGUAGUUAAUUUAAGCUGGCUGCAUGGACAUGCUACCAUGAAAGACCGUUACAAAGCCCAAUGAUUAUCAUAGUUUUUCAUUAAAAACGGGCUUUAUAUAGGUCGCGGGAGCCUCGCAAUGCAAGCUGUUUGUCAAAGAACCCGAACCACGACAGCGUAAACAUUAAAACGCGGUAGGAUAAAAUUACUCUUAUCCUGCCUAAACGAUGAAAUGAUAAAGAAUAAUUUACCUUCAGUCAAGGACUGCUGGGGUCUCCAUUUAGGCCUUGCAUGUGUAUGCAGAGAUCUGAUGCAGAGAGUGCUCUGCAAGCAACGCAGUAAGCACGUUUUUCGAUUCAUGUCACCUUAUAAACCCUAAUAGGGGUCGACAAGAGGCAGGACAAAACUUUAAAAAGUAGUAACACUUCUAAUCGAGAAGCAAGUACGCAUCUUACAUAUGUUAUUACUGAGACCGUUUACCUGUCUCUUAUCUUCGUCGACACUUCCUCCUGCGUAUAUAACUGCCCUUUAUAUGACGGCCUACAAGGAUUCUAAAUCAUUGAACACACUCCCACCCAUUAAACGACUAUGUGUACUUGAAUGUGAACAUCUAUAUAUAAGCAUAUAUUUGCUGCACUCUCCUUGCAUCUCAAGAUGAGGCCGGUGUAGACACAGUCUGCCUCGCGGACACCAAUACUACGCUCUCAAAGAAGGACAAAUGCUACGUCGUCGGCUGGGGAGAUUCCGGUGCAAUUUCACCCUGUCCACCUAAGGGAAUUCUACGUCGUCAUCGUCUCGGCGGUCCGCGCGGGCUGUAUGGAAGACAUUACGCUUCAUUUGGCUGUCGCCACAGCCGGUUUUUACGCCAGAGAAAAGCUGCUGGAAUGGCUCCCAGUCUUGGGGAGGCCAAGGUGACACCAACAUCGCCGAAAAAGUGCGCGCGAUGGUCUUUGAAUCCGGACAAGGAGCACCUUAUCUGCGCUGGUGGAGUCGGCAAAGUGAGUAAACAUGAGAUUUUGACCAAUUAAACGAGGAAGUCAUCGGUUGAAUUUCGGAAGAAUGAUUCAAACUGCGUACAAUACGCACUGCUGCAACGUAAAUGGAGCCAGUGAGAUAUCACACACCCAGCAGAAGACAAAUGCAUAGGGUUUGAUGGUCCGCCUUACCUCAACUAAUCUCUGUGUUUCCGGUGAACUCAACAUGGUAUCUAGUUUGCGGCCGCCACUAGUAAAUCGGAGUAAUCAUGUGAGAAUCAUACAAUUUCUCAAAGUGACGACGUUUUUUAAACCGGAAUGAAUCACUUCCUUCAGGGGUAAAAUAUACUGAAGAAGUGCUUUUCUGCAGGUUGGAUAUCUAAAAGGCAUUAUCCAGAGAAAUAAAUGCAUCUAGACAACAAAUGUUCACGUUAAAAUUUGGUGCUGCAUUGAAGGUCCUAUGUUUUUCAACUCAGUUCCUGCUACAACAUGCCGAAGAAGACUGCCAAAUGAGACCAAAGUUCAGAAAAUCGAAGCGAAGUUACAAAUACAGUUAUAACCAGGGCUUGAUAAGCAAGCCAGGAAUGAUCAGUAGGGUUACAGGAUUAACUUAUAAACGCUUCAUAAAACCUCUACUUAAAACGUUUCUCGGACUUAUCACCAGUUCGAAAGGUACGAUGACAAAAAACUCUUGGCGGAAGCCACAUAAAAACACAAGUUCAAUGCACAGAUUAAUCUGGUUGGCUUGCUCACAGAGUGAAUUAUUCAGCCGCAUUGUGAGCCAAGUUUUAGAGGACCAUGACAGAUGUGUGCUACUACCGCAAGCAUGCUCCGACUGUGCGACCCACAAUUCGGCUUAAUGAAGUCGACAGCUGUCCUAUAGCAGGAUUCCGAUAGACAAGACUGGGGAAAUAACGUGCCAGCCACCUGCUCCCUCCCCCGCCUCCCAUCUUCUUGACUUUAUAUUAAUACCGAGUCCAGGUGGGAAGUGGGGAAGAGAGAGCGCGGUUGGUGCUGCGCAAGUCGACUAGCAUUACAAAAUAGUUCGCGCGCAAGUUAUCACGCUUGCUGCACUUGCUGCCUAGCACACGGUUGACAUCGUUCGAAUCGACGGUCGAACUGUCAUCUUCCUGCAAGGGCUCUAAGGAUUGUAUGCGUGUGCUAUGACAUGGCUCUGCAAACCGUGACCCUCACAACCUGGUAUGCGUUGGCAGACCUGUGGCACCUGGUUUCCUGCCGGUAGAUGCGCUUGCGCUCCCGUUGGGUAAAUAGGCCGUGUUAAUGGUUACUCAGUGACCUAUGUCCGUGUUUCCUCUUUCUGAUCAGUUUCCGUUGUUUGUUGAAAUCCUGACCAAGUCCUUGUUGUGGACCAGGGCGUGUGGUAGUAUGGCUGAGGGCGAGUCUGGCGGUGCCAACCACCUGCGCUCUCUCCCGUCUUCGGUCGUCCUGACUAUGUCUUGACAUCGGGCGCAGGUGGGGAGGAGGAAAGAGUGCGGUAGAUGCUGCGCAAGUUCACUCUCACUAUAAACUAACUCACGCGUGAGUCACCGUACCUGCUCUCACUUUGCUGUGGAACAGACAGUGAACGUCGUCAGAUGCGACGGCCGAAUUUUCAUGCUGCUGCGAGCGGCAUUACGUCUGGGGUUGAGUAGGUAUGACAUCAAGAUGGUGCUAGUUGUGGUUACGUGUUAUCCGUCGAGAGAGCGUACAGGCUGCGAGGUGGGAAUGAACGGCGCCAGGAGGCUUGGAGAGAGGGGAAACAAGAACACCACUGACAAGUCCCUGCUUGCUAAGUGAUCCAAGUUAACGUUGGUCUGCCUGACUGCACAGUCGCGACCUCCGAAUCACACUCACACACACCCAGGGUUCGGUAGAAAGCGUAACUUCAAGACUAUUUCACUGAAGCUAAAAAGUCAUCAGUAAGGCGAAAACAUGUGUGCCAAAUUUUAGAAGCAACAGCACCGACCGCCAACAAUAACAUAAAUUGCACGGGAGAGGGCAUGCUCGAAGGACACUGGGGAAAGUGCCGAAAACGAAAACGAGAAUGGAAGAACCUAGGCCUCCAGAAUGUCCUUCGCCGCAACCUCGGAGACCUGGGGUCAGACGUUUAAUCAUACUGGCCAAAUGCGGAUCCAAAGCGUUUCUCAAAUGAAAGAUCAAAGUCAGAAGACCUUUGCAGUUCGUACUAGUUAACAGUGAACAAUGAAGAAUGAGAAAAUCACAUGACGAAUCUAAAGUUUCACUGGCGAUUUCCAGGUCUAUGAGCCAAAGACGGAAGUAUGCUAGCCAGGUGCGCCGUGCUAGUCUCUGGGUGCACCGUUUCUUUUAUUUUUUGGAUGAAGUAAAGGAAGGAGAAGGGCAUUUUAAUAUUUCAUCCGUUUCAUUCCAGUUUCAACCCAGAAUAAAACUUCCUAUUUACUGACGUCGACUGCAAUACCCGACACUUAGUUAAAAUCAUCCUUGAGUUAUGGGAGGAUGAACAACUGCAGCAUUGGCGGUAGUUGCCGGUUUUCGAGCAUUAGCCAUAAAACAAUGCGCCUAGAUGAGGUUAUCAACUCAAUCGAAAAAGAUGACAAGUAGGAGUAAAAUAGGCGUCCAACAUUCUCAUUAUUUUGUCAUUUAUUUUCCAAAACAACGUUAGAAUUCGUCAACAAUUUCAUGACUCAAGAGCAGGCCCACAGUAGGUCUCCGCGAUUUCCAUAGUCCUAAGUCAACUUAAAUCCUUUUUUAAUUUGUACCUUUACAUUCCUUGUCGGAUAAUUCUGUAGGGAGGGGAAGGGGAUUUGAACGUGAAACAAAAUUGAUACGUCUUCCUUUAUCUCUGUUCCAUUAGGCUGUUUGCACAAGUGUCAAGGGGAGCGGUCUCUACUGCCACAAUGCAGAAACCGACCGUUGGUUCCUUCACGGAAUUAUCGGACAUUACUGGGGUCAUCGUUGUAGCGAAUCCCAUCGCCUCUUCAGUUCAGUUUCCAGCGUCGCCGCUUGGAUCCACCAACACAUUCGAUAA